CGCGCCAUCGUUAACUUCAGCUGGCUCGUUAGUGUCGCUACUGAUACUUAUGGAGAGAUGAAGAGUGCCUGAAUUAUCUUUCAAAUAUGCCAGUGUAGUCUCUAUUAUCUCAUGUUCCAUGCUGAUUGCUGAUACCCAAACCUCAAACUAGCAACUAAAUUCUUAUAAUAAUCUGUUCUGGCAGUGAUCGAAUACCUUAAAAAUUUCGGAUGUUGAUACUCCAAAAAAAAAAUAUUUUACAUUUAGGAAAUGGCUGUAUUUCAAAUUAAUGAAUGUUUGAAUAUUCCUAUUCCAAGUACUGCUAAGGAAGUAAUUAUCACUAAUAUUUUGAGUCCAUACUUUAUACAAGCUCUGGACGCAGUAGAGGAUGGUCAGAAAAAAAAAGAAUUAAAUCAUUUAUUAGAAAAGAUAUCAAAAUCUUUUUUCAAAAAGAAGGAAAACUCAGCAUAUUUACCUAAGAUUAACCAUCAUGUAGUUAUAUCAGCGGGCUAUUCUAAUCCUCAUAUAGAUUUACCAAGUUGGUUUUGCAGAGGAACUGUUGUUGAUAUCUGUUCAACUACAACUGAUGUUUUGUUAAUAGAUUAUGGUACUGUAGUUAAUGUACCAAAUGAAUCAAUUGCGAGAUAUCCAUCAAGUGCCAUUCCUGUAGAACCAUUGUCUUUUACUUUUUGCAUUUAUAAUAUUUUACCACUUGAUUCAGAAAGAAAUGUUUGCAAAGAAUGGCCAAAAGAUACUAUUAAGUUUAUAAAAGACUUAAUUGAAAGUUCAACGAAAAUAUAUCUUGAAAUUUUAGCACAUCAUAAAAGAACAAAUAGAAUUUUUGGAGAUUUAUUCCUGAUUAUAGAUAACAAAAAUUUAUCCUUAAGAAAAUUUAUGAUUGAAAGCAAUAUGGGACUUGAAUGGAAUGAUGAACUCAUGCAGGCUAUAAAAAAUUCCAAACUUAAUGAAGAUGUUAUUUUCAUUAAUAAAAAAAAACCAAAUUUAGAUCAAUCUACAAAUUCUGAAAGUGAUAAUAAUUUUCCCAAAGCUUCUAAACGUGUCGGAAUUUUAAAGAAAGUAGAAGUACUUGAUAAAAUACUGAUUCGCAGUAACAUUUCAUGUAAUGUACAACCACUUGAUCAUCUUGCAAAUUCAAGAUUUGCUACUAGUGUACACAAGGCUCUUAAAGCUAAUGGGGUUAGUAAACUUAAGCAAAUUCAAUCAUACAUGUGGCCAGCUAUUAAGCAAGGAUUUAAUGUCACAACUAUUGCUCCAACAUCUUCAGGAAAGACCUUAGGAUAUAUAGUACCUAUAAUACAUGCCAUUGCUGAAAAUGAAGAAAUGAUAGAAAAGCAAAAAAAUGAUACAAUAACAAAGCCAUUUGUGUUAGUAUUAUGUGCUACUUUAAAAACCUGUACUGAUGUAACUGAGGCAUUUAAUAUUGUUUCAACGUACAAUAAAAACAUCAAGUCCUGUGCUUUUUAUAGUGGGAUUUCAGACAAAGAUUUGAUGACAAAGAUUUGCAAUAAAUUUCAAAUCAUUGUUUCCACACCAACAUAUUUAUUGCGACUACUAUCAAAAAGUUUUGCAUCUGAUUUAAAUAUCUCUGAAUUGUCUUAUCUAGUAUUGGAUCAUGCCGAUAUUAUACUGAGUAAAUAUCUGAAGGAGGUGAUAAGUUUGAUUAAAGAUUAUAAAAUAAUCAAUAAGGACUUUAACGGUUGUAUACAAGGUGGAUUACCUCAAACUAUUAUUGUUUCUAGAACAUGGACGAACGAAAUCGAUUCUUUUGUAUCUAAUUUCGUCGAAAACUCGUACACAUGUAUUGGAUCAUUUACUGAAGCAGCUGCAUAUAAUGGAGUUCAAGGACGUAUGUUAAUUCGUCAUUCUGACAAAAAAAAAAAUGAAGUUCUAGGAGCCAUAAAAAAUUACAAAACACAAAAGACAAUGAUAUUUUGUUUAGAUAGUACAGAAGCUUCUGAACUAAAUAAAUUUCUUAUGGCUAACGGUGUAAAGACUUUAUUGGUUCAUGAUGAAAUGAAAAUUACUCAAAUUGAUGAACGAAAAAAUGAAUUGAAAAAAUAUUUACCAGGAAUGUUUCCAGUCAUCAUUUGUACAGACGAAAUUUUGUCGGAAUUUCCGGUUUCAGAUGCAGAAUUUUUGAUUCAUUAUUCAGUGACCAGUACUUCAAAAACGCAAUUUAAUCGAAGAUUUUCUGUUCUCAUGGAAAAUUGGAUAAUGGAAUUAGAUAAAAAAUGUAGAAUAUUAAUUUUCUUUGAUGAAACUAAAGAAUGUGUUCAUUUUAAAGGAGUUGUUGAUAUUCUGAAAAGAUUUAAAGUAGAUUUGCCAGAGGACUGGAAUGUUAUAGCUGAUGGGCUUGAAAUACAAGAUAACAUGAAGAAGAAAAAUUAUCCAUUAUGCAACAAUAUCAAAUCAUUUGGGUAUUGCAAUUCAAACCAAUCAUGUUCAGAUAGGCAUCGUGUUAUUGCAGAAACCGAUGUUCCACAAAUCUCAGAAAUUUCUAUUGGAGACGAGUUAAAACUGCUUGUUACUUAUAUACAUAGCGUUACUCACUAUACGGCCCGAGUCUUGGAAUGUAAAAAGGGUGAUCAAAAUGUUGUUACUCUUCCACAUAAAAUUGCACAAUUAUCAAUGAAGUUGAAAAAUUGUUACUCUAAUUCUGAAAACCGACGAUCGCCUAAAGUAAUUAGUCCAGGUUUAAUUUGUGUAGCUAAGAAUGGUGAAAGCUUUACGAGAGUCAGAAUAUUAAAAAUUGUCGAAGAACAUGUACAAACUAACAAACCUAGGAUUGUGAAAUACCAAUCCAUAGAUGAUGGAAAUAUACGUGAUCGCGUUAAUGUUCACGAACUGUAUGAAAUUAUGGAUGAGUUUCUGAACUAUAAGCUUCCAAUUGUGAAUGUUUACCUUACUGGUAUUUCACCUUUUGACGAAGAAAAUGAAUGGGGAAAUUUAGCCAAUAACAGUGUAAAGGAAUGGUUUGACAAAAAUCUACGGAGUGAACGUGAGCCUUACGUUUACGCCAAGACGCUUUUGCACAUUGGUGACUCCAUUUGGACUGAUUCCCUAGUCUUUCGUUCUAAAAUACUUGGAUAUGGAGAAUUAGUUAGUUCAUCUCUUAAAAAAGUUAUGAUUGAAGAAGGACAUGGAGUUGAAAAUAAGAAACAUUUAUCUCACCUCAUUCAUUUGUGUAUUAGUAGUGGAAUAACAGAAAUAAAUAGUAAACCAAUUGAAUUCCCAAAGGAGGAACAAGAAUCCAAAGAUGAGUAAGAAUACUAGAUGUAUUUUAUAAGUAUAAGUACUUUAGAAAAUAACUACUCAUCGUUUCAUCAAGAAAAUAAGUCAAAUUUAGAAUUAUUUUUAUAUUUUGUACAUUAGACUUUACCUAAGAGAAGUUUAUAUUUUGUAUUCUAAAAAUUCUAUAAAAAAUGUUGCA